AUGAAUAAACUGAAAGAGAAAAAAAAAAUAAAAAAGUUGAGACAUGAUAAAACUGAAAUUACUCAAAAAAAAGAAAAAGGUCAUACUUCCAACGAACUUAUGAACACAUUAAAAAUUAAAGAUGGUACAAAAGGGAAGAGUAAAAAUGAAAAGAAAACACAAAUUAAUAUAAGAAAUGAUUUAUUUGAAUUAAAAAAUAAUAAAAUUAUAUAUAGCAGUAAAAAUUAUAGCAUUCAUAAAGUGUAUGAUAAAGUUGAAGAAUUAAAAAAUAAAAAAAAAAUUUUAAAUGAUAAUAACAAUGAUUUUUCAAAAAUAGAAAGCAGAAAUUUAUUAAAUGUUGAUUCUUCUAGUUGUCAUAAUUACAAAAGUAAAGUAUUGGAUAGAAAAAAUUGUAAAAGUAAAAGUAAAAAAUUGAAAAUUGAAAAUAAUGCAUCUAGUAAAACAAACAUUAAUAUAAUUGAUUUAAAAAAAAAAAAAAUUGUUGAAUCAAAUGAUAGUAAGAAAUUAUUAAAUGACAAGAAUUUGAAGGAAAAUAAACUUAUUAAAAAUAAGAAAAUAAUGAAGAAUACAUAUAAAAAGUGUAAACCUGAAAGAUUAGAAAAUAAAAAAAGUUUAAAAAAUAAUUUUUCCGAUGCUUCUAUUAAUUUAGAAAAAGAUUUAAAUAAUAGAAGGAAAUCUAGUUAUUUAUUAAUCUCUAUGGAUAAAAAAAAAAGUGAAAAAAAUAUAUUUUUAAAAAGUUUAAUUAAAGAAAAAAGUUCUGAUUCUGAUGUAAAUAAUUCAAAACCGAAUAGAUUUUUUAAUUGUGAUUCUUUAAAAAAUAUUAAUUUGAAUCCGUUAGAGAAUAUUAAUUGUAAAUUUAAGAGUAGCAAAGGGUUUGAUACUCUUUUCAUGUACAAAAAAAAUUCAAAAUCUACCUAUUUUACAAAUAGUAGUGAUCACAAAAGUUAUAAAUUUAGUUAUAAAUGUGAUAUAAAUAAAGCCAAAAGCUCAUAUUCAGAUACAAAUAUAAGUUAUUCUCCCAAAAAAAAAAAAAAAAAAAAAAAAAAUAUUUACAACAUAUUGUUUUAUGACGAGUGCUUUAAGGAAUAUCAAUAUAAUAAUGAAGAAAAUACUCCAGUUAAUAAUUUCUCGAAAAUUUAUGAAUUAUUUUUUAAUAUAUAUAAAAAAAGAAAGUUAAUUAAUGCUGGAAAAAAUAAAGUAUUUUUAAAAAAAAAUAUAUUUUUUCCUUAUGCAAACUAUAAUUUCUCUUUAAGAAGUAUUCAAAAAAGAAAAUAUAAUAUUAACUUUAAAGGAAAUAAAGAUUUUAAAAUUAGGAAAAAAACUAAUAAAAUAAAAAAUAAAGAGGAGAUAAAAAUAAAUGAAAUUGCAUUGAAUAAUAAGAAUGAUAAUGAGUAUGAGAACGUACAGAAUAAUAGUAAAUGUAUCCAUUUACCAGUUGAUACUUUAGAGGAAAAUGAGUUAAACAAAAUAAAAUAUAAUAAAAUAAUGAAUAUAAAGGAAUAUAAAGAAAAAAAAUUACAAAACAUAAAUAAUUUAGAAAAAGAUACAGUGAACAAAGUUAUUGAAAAUAAUUAUUAUAUAAAAAGUGAAGAAUAUAAAAAUAUUUUUAAAGAAAAUAAUUCAAAGAACAGUAUUGAUACUCAUAUAAACUUAGAAUGCAAGGAAAAUGAAAAAAUUGAUUUAUUUGAAAUAAAUAUUAAAGAAAUGUAUGAAGAAAAAAGCGAAGAAAAAAAUGAAAAGAUAUAUGAAGAGGUUAAUAUAAAGGUAUUUGAUAAAGAUAAGAAAAAAAAUGAAGAAAUAGGUGAAAAAGUAUGUGAAAAUACUUAUGAAAAGAUAAAUGAUAAAGCGGAUAAAAAAAAAAGUGAGGAAUCAUAUGAAAAAAUAAAUAAGAAAAUAAAUAAAGAUAUAGAAGAAAAAACAAAUAAAUUUAUUCUAAAAAAGUCUAAUGAAGAAAUAAGUGAUAAAUCAUGUGAAGAAACAAAUGAAAACUUGAAUAAAGAAGAAAUUAAAAAAAUAUAUGAAGAGAAAAAUAAAAAAUCGGACAAAGAAAUAAAUGAAAAUAAAUAUGAGAUAACAAAUGAAAGGUCAAAUAAAGAAAUAAAUGAAAAUAUAUGCAAAGUUAUAAGUGAAAAAAAAUAUGAAGAAACGAAGGAAGAACCAGAUAAUGAACAAAAUGAAAAGAUAUGUAACAUUUUAAAUGAAAAAAAAUGUAAAGAAACAUAUAAAAAAUCAAAUAAAGAAAUAAAUGAAGAAAAAUGCCAAGAAUUUAAUGAGCAAAUAAAAGAAUUAAGUAACAAAGAUAUUAAUAAAGGUGAAAUAGAAAAAAAUGAAAUAGGAGAAGGAACAAAUAAAGAAUUAAAAAUAAGUUUAAAAAAUUUUAUAAAAUAUGAUGAAACCAUAUUUGAAAGUUUUUAUAAUGAUAUUUUUCUUAAAAAAGGGAAAAUAGUUACAAAUAAGAGAAAAAAAUAUUUCUUAACUUACAAAAUUAUAAAAGAUUGCUAUUUUCGAAUUUUAAUAUUAAAUAGUGAAAAACUAGAAAAAAAUAUAUUACAAAUAAUAGCUAUACAAGAUGUUGUUUUAAGUGAUAAAAAUGUAAAAAUUGAAAGUGAUACGUUAUAUAUAAAGAAUAAUGACAAAUUUUAUGCUGUUAACUUUUUGAAAGUUUUUUGUUUAAAAUAUUUAAAAAAGUUAAAAAAAAUAAAUGAAAUCAUAUUUUCUGACUAUGAUACUUAUACCAACGAAAAGGAAAAACAUGAAGUUUCUGAAGUUCAUACUAUAAAUGAAAAUAAGUCAAAUAUCAAUAUAAAAAAAGAAAAUAUAAUAGAAAAUAAUACAAAUGAUAUAAGUUCAGUUCAUAAUAGUAUGAAUGAACUAAAUUCAUUUAACCAAAACUCCAGUGGAAUAAAUUUAUUUAAUAAAAAUACAGAUGAAAUAAAUAUUAUAAAUAAUGAUAUAGGUGAAGAAAAUAUAUCAAGAGUAUAUAAUGAUAAAUAUAAAGAAAGCAAAACCACUGAUAAUACGUUAAAUGAUUUGAAUGAUAAUUAUAGUAAAGGAGAAAGAGAGCUUAGAAAAACAACAAAAACUAUUAAAAAGGAAAAAAAUCAUAAAACAUUGAGGGAAAAAAAUAUGAAAAUCAAUAAUAAUAAAGAAGAAAAUAUAUCUCCUUACAAAAAUAUAUAUGAUUUUAAUAAAAAAAAAAAAAAAUUAGAUAUUAGUAAAAAAAAAAAAAGAAAUUCACAUAGCACGUCAAAAAAGAGAAAAGUUAAUGAAAUAAAUGGAAAUAUUACCGAAAAGAGUUUGAAUUUAAAUAUAAGAAAAAAUAAAAACAGAAAUAAUUUGAAAAUAAAAAGGAAAAAAGAAAGUCAGAAUGUAGAAGAAUGCAACUAUUCGGGUUUUAUAUAUAAUGAAAAAAAAAAAUUUUAUUUUAACGUUCACAAAAUUAAAGAUAUAAUUAAUAUGAUAAAAGGAUCAGAAGAAAAAACAAAGUUUUAUUUAGACACAAAUAAUAGCAAUAUAAAAAAAAAGUUAAAAUUAUUAAAAAAAGUUCAAAAUGUCCUCUUUUUAGAAAAUUUGAAUAUUGAUGAAAAUGAGGUGCUUUUUAAAAAACCAAAAUUUUUUAAUUGUAUAAUAGAGGAAUCAUUAGAUAACUAUAAUGUAAUGUAUCAAGUACAAGAUGGGAAAUAUCAUAUGUUUGAAAAUAAAUUAGAUGAAAUGAAAAGAAAAAAAAAAAAAAAAGCGGAAAAUGACUCUUCCAAUAAAUAUAUUGAGUUAAAAGAUGAAGAAAAAGGCUUUAAGUAUAUCGGAUACCGUGUAAGCUUUGAGUUAAAAAAAGAUAAUAAAAAAAAGAGACACGUUAAAAUAGGAAUUAUAAAAUAUUAUUCUCCUAAAUAUAAGCAAUUUUUUAUUCAUCACAUAGAAAAUUAUAGAUAUAGUAUACAAAGUGAUACACCAAAAAGUAUAAAUAAAGAAAUUAGUCAUAUAAAAAACAACGAUAAUUCAUUUUUGAAUAUACGAAAAAACAAUAAUUCUUUUAAUGACAUGAAAAAAUAUGCAAAUAAUUCUGUAUAUAAUUUAUGUGACAAUGAAGAUGUAAAUGAAAAUAAUAGAAAUAAUGAAAUGGAUGAAAACGAUAAAGAAAAGGAUAAUGAAAAAUUUAUAAAAGACAAAGAAGCAUUUACAAAUUAUGAAAAUGGGAUAGAUGAAGAAAAUGAUAAAAAAAAAAAUGAUUUUAUUUUUUCAGAUAUAAAAGGAUGGUAUUCUCCAUAUUUUUACAAUAUAAAGAUAUUAAAAACUACUAAAGAAUUUGAAAGAUUUGAUAUUUUAGAAAAGAAUGAUAAAAAAAAAGAAAUGAAUGAUAACAUUUUAAAAAGAAAUGAUGAAUGUUCUAUUUGUAAGUGUAAAAUAUUUUUUAUGAAAGGAUAUGACCAUUAUACUAAUAAUCUAUCUGUAUCUAUAUAUGAAUUAAGUUCUGAAAAAGAAAAAAAAAAAAUGGAUGAAGAAAAUAUGAUAAACAUUUACUGGGGUGUUAAAUGCUUUAUUUGUUCCAAAAAAUUUCAUGCUAAUUGCCUAGAUGACGAUGUAAUUAUAACUAAAAGUUACGAUAAGAAUAUUUUAAUGAAAGAAUAUAAAAAAUAUAUUUAUAAAAAUAGUUUAAAAAAGGAUAAAAAGUGUUUCAAUAUCGAAAAAGAAAAAAGUUCUAAAAAUAUGAUAAAAGCAGAAGAAAAAAUAAAAGUUAAAGGGAAUUCAAUUGAACAGAAAACAUAUAAAGAAAAAAAAAGUAUUAAUAACAACAAUAAUAACAGCAACAGUAAUAAUAACACAAAUAAAAAUUGCUCCUUGGUUAAUAGCGUAAACAGUUCUAAUUAUAUCGAUUCUUCCAAUGAUCCAUUAAAAGGCAGUUGUGAAAAAAGUAGCAAGAGUAGAGAAAAUAGCUUUAGUGAAGAUAAAAAUGAUAAUGUUUGUGUUAAAAGUGAAACUAAUUACAAGAAAGAUGAAGAGAAAAACAAUGCAGAUAUAUGUUGCAAAAAUGAUACUCAAAAUGAUGAUUUAAAUGAGAUCGGAAAUUAUUGUAUAAAUGAGAACAAACAAAUUUCCAUGAAUGAAUACAAAAAUGAUGUCGUUAAUGAUUACAAAAACGUUGAUGAAUUUAGCGAAAUAGAUACAAAUAACUGUAUGAAAAUAAAAAAUAGAAAAUAUAGAAAAUGCAUCAACUAUAUUCCUUCAGUAAAAUAUAAUGAUAUAACAUAUAAAAAAUUUCUUUGCAAAGAUUGUUAUCGUUGUAUAUAUUGCUGUGAAAGCAUUUAUAACUAUAAACAAACACCAAAUAUAGCUAAUUAUGUAAUUUGCAAAAAUUGUCAUAUGGUAGCUCAUGGAUCAUGUUGCUUUCCAAAUGUACCUGACAUAUAUUUAUUUAAUUGGAAAUGUGAUGAUUGUUUAAAAUGCAAUAAAUGUAAUUAUUCCAAUUUAUGUUUUAUAAAUUAUAAUGAAUGGGAAUUUCACUUAGAUUGUUGUAUAAAUUGUUAUAAAGAAUAUGAAAAAAAAAAUUUUUGUAUUAUUUGCAAUGAAAAAUAUGAAAUGAAUGACAGUAGUAAGUGGGUACAGUGUGAUGUUUGUAAAUUUUGGAUACAUUUAAGUUGCGAUAAAAAUGAAAAUAGAAAUAUAGAAAUAUUAUCAAUAAAAAAUAUUAAUUAUAAGUGUCCUACAUGUAGUUAUGGCUCUUUUUAUGAUAAAAUUGAAAGAAUUUUGUAUUUAUUGUUUCUAUUAGAUAAAUAUAAAAAUUUUACAUUUCAUGUCCCAAUUAAUUUUUAUAUAUACUGGAGAAUAGUAAAAAUUCCUAUGAAUUUAUAUAUUAUGAAAAAAAAAAUAUGGGAAAAAAAAUAUAACACUAUUUUAGAUUUUUUAUAUGAUUUUAUUUUAAUUAUACAUAAUGCAAAAACAGUUCAUAUGCCUAAUACAUCCAUAUAUAAAAAUGCUUGUAAUUUUGAAAAAAAAGGAAAAGUUAUUAUUAAAAAUAUGUUUAAUAUGAACAACGAAGAAUUAAAUAAGUAUAUCGAAGAGUGCUUAGAUAAAUACAAAAGAGUGGUUAAUGAGGAAGUUGAUAAUAAUGAUAAUAUUAAAAAUGGCAAUGAUAUUAAAAAUAAUGAAACUACUUUUACUAGCGAUAUAAAUAAAUUAGGAAGUGGCAAUAAUUCCAGCAAAGAAGAUGCUUUUGUUAAAACAAACGAAUAUUUGAUUGAUAGAAAAAACAGUUCAACGGAUAGUUCGAUUGCAAAUAUUAAAAAAAAAAAAGAAAUAAAUAAUAAUAACGAAUCGUUAUGUAUUUUAGAGAAAAAGAAAGUUAAUUUAAGCAAUAAUAAUUAUGUUGAAGGAAAUAAUUAUUUACCUAAUGAUUCACAUAGUAAUUUUGUAGAGGCAAAUAAUAUUCAUGAAUUAGAUAAUAAUGCACAUAUUUUGAACAAUGAUCAUUCUAGAAUUAUUAAAACAAAUAAUAUUAAUGUAAAUAAUACUUCUGAAAUAGUAAAUCUUGAGGAUACCAGUAAUAUAGCUAAUAAUAACAAUUUCGUUGAUGUUACAUCGUGUGAUAUUGAUAAAAGAGAUAAUAUAAAGAAAGAAAAAAAAUUAUUUUUUAAUUAUGAAGGUUAUAGUAUGGAUAAUAGCAUAAAAAAAGAAGAUAUAUUCUAUGGAAUUAAAAUUAGUAGUAAUAAUAAAAAUAUUAUAAAUAGUAAUAUUCAUAAAAAGAGAAAAUUGGAAAAUAUAGAAAAAGAUAUUACAAAAUAUGAAAUACAUGAAUUAUUUAACCUUAAAAGUAAUUCUUUUUUUACAAAUAGAAAUAAAGAAAUGUUUGCUUCAUUUGAUAACCAUUUGACUAAUUACAACAUUAUCAAUAUUAACACGAAUAGUAAAAUUUAUUUUAAUAGAAAUUUCGAUAAAUACGAUGAUUUUGAUGUUUGUAAAAUACUUAAAGUUUAUUUAUUGAAAAAUUUGAAUAAAAAUCUUAUUGAGGUUAAAAAAAGUAUAAAUGAACAAGAAAGUAUCCUACAUCAACAUGAGAAAGAUCAUAAUAAUAAAAAAAUAAAUAUUGGUGAGAAUGAAAAAAAUACAAUAAAGGAAAAUGAAAAGGAUAAGAAUAAACAAAAUGAGAAUGAAAUAUCAGGAAAUGAAAAUGAAAUUAAUAUACGAGGAAAAAAUGUAAGUGAACUUAAUAAAAAUGAAAAAUAUGAUGAAAAAAGUUUAAAAAAAACUAACAAUACUUUUUAUGAGAAAAGUGACUUUAAUUUAUUCAUAAGUAAUGACAUUUUUAUGAUUGAUGUUCUAAAAGAAAAAAUAAAUUUUAAUAAUGUUAAAAAAGAAGAAAAAAAAAUUGUGAGUCCAUUAAAUAACGUUUUUAAUUUUUUAAAAUGUAUUCAAAUAAUUUUUUUUGAUAAUAGAACAGAACAUAAUAAAAAAAAGAAGGUAUCUACAAUAAAUAAAAAUUACAAGUAUGAAAAUGAUGAAAAUUUAUUUAAUCAUAAUAAAAAUGCUACUAGCAGUUUAGGCAGAUUGCUCAAUGAAAUAGUUCCGUAUUUGGGAAAAAAAUCCAAUUGUUUUUCUAUGAAUGUUCCUAAUUCAGUAAAUUAUUGUUUCUAUGAUAAAAUUUUGAAAAAAAAGAAAAGAAAAAUUAAGUUAUUUAAAAAUGAUAUAUUAAAAGAAUAUUGCCAUAUUUGUGGAUCUAUCGAAUAUAAAAACUCUUUUUUAUUCUGUUCUGUAUGUGGUAUUUCUGUUCAUUAUUCAUGUGUAAAUAUUGUUGAACCAUUUUUAUUUAACUUAAAAGAUUUUGAUGAUCAUAAAAAGGAGAUAAAUAAAAUUUUAAAUGUUUUAACUAGAAAUUUCAAAUGUAGUAAUUGUAUUAAAUGUGAUAAAUGUUACAAUGAAUUUGACAAAACUAGUAACGAUGCACAUUAUUUUAAAAUAAAAAGUUUCAAUGUUUCUAACAAUAUUUUUGAAAAUAGAACUCACUUAUAUCUAUAUAAUUUAAAGAUAGAAUUAAAUUCAUUAAAAGAAAUAAAUAGUAAAAAAAGAAAAUGUUUAAAAGAUAAAAAAUCGGACAAAAAUAUUGGAAACAAUUUAAAUAAAUUUAAUAAUGAAAAAGAUAAAAAUCUCAAUGAGAAUGAAUUUAAAUCAAAUAAUGACCAUCCUAAUGAGUUAGUUUCAAGCAACGAUCAAGAUGAAAAAAAAAAAUGUAUUUUCAUUUUGGAUAAUCAAAAAAAAAAGGAUCAAAAUGAGAAUAGUAUUUGUUGUAAUAAUAUAAAUACUAACGAUAUUAAUGCUUUUAAUAAUUUGGCUAAAAAAGAAAAUAAUUUAGAUAAAGCACAUUAUGAAAAUGAAUUAGAAGUACAAAAUAAUUCUACCGAGAAAGAUUUAAAUAAAAGAAAAUAUAAAGAAAAAGAAAAUUUAACACAUAUUAAUCAAAAUAAUUUUGUAAAGAUAUUAAGUAUUUAUGAUGAAACAUCCAAAAUAUUUAAAUGUUUCUGUUGCGGAAAAUCAUCACAUAAUGAAUGUUUUUAUCUAAUUGAUGACAAUACUAAUGAUAUUCUGAAAAGUAAAGUAAACAUUUCCAAAAAGACACUUAAAAAUUUAAUUAAGAAAAGUAAUUAUGUAAAAAGAAAUUAUAAUAGAAAAGUUGAGAAAUGCAAAAAUAGUAAAGCAUUGAAUGAAUCAAGUGAAAAAAAUUCUCUUAUGAAUACAAAUAAUGUAGAUUCUAAUAAAGUAUAUAACGAAAAUAUUAAAACCAAAAAUUUUAAAUCCAACAUAUUGGAUAAUAGUUUAUCUAAUUGCAAUAUAAAAACUUGUUUUGCUAAUGACACUGUUAAUAAUAAAGAUAAUAUUAAAAUAAACAAAAAUAAUCAAAUAAAUGAUAAUGAAUUAAAUAAUGAUAUUUUUAUUGAUAGUUUAAAAUUAAAGUAUGAAUCUCCUGCGUUAAGUAACUCCUCCCUAAAACAGCAUAAUUCCCAAAUUUAUAAUAUGAACAAUAAUAAUGAGAUAAAUACUUGUAAUAUUGCUAAUAAGAACGUUAAUAGCAAUAGUAUUAUUAAUUACAAUGAUAUUAGUACUAACAAUAAUAAUGUUGACCUUAUUAAUAAUAAAUCCUUUAAUAUUAAUAGAAUUACAAAUAAGAAGGAUCUUCACGAAAGUGCUAUUAAUAGUGAUAUUAGAGUGAAUAAUAAUAAUUUCAAUGCAAGUAAAGAUAGUGAUAAUAAUAUUUAUAAUGAUAUUGACAUUGAUAAAAAUAAUAUUAACAGUAAUAAUGAUAACAGAAAUAAUAAUUAUAAUAAUAUUACUAAUAAUAAUAAUGAUAAUAUUAUUAGCAGUAACAGUAAUAAUAAUAGUAAUAAUGAUAAUAUUAUUAGUAGUAACAGUAAUGAUAAUAGUAAUAAUGAUAACACUAUCAGCAGUAACAGUAAUGAUAAUAGUAAUAAUGAUAAUAUGAUUAGCAGUAAUAAUGAUAAUAUUAAUAAUAAUGGCAAUAAUAAUAAUAAUAGCUGUAAUGAUAAUAGUAAUAAUGAUAAUAUUAAUAAUAAUGGCAAUAAUAAUAAUAAUAGCUGUAAUGAUAAUAGUAAUAAUGAUAAUAUGAUUAGCAGUAAUAAUGAUAAUAUUAAUGAUAAUGGUAAUAAUAAUAAUAAUAGCAGUAAUGAUAAUAGCAAUAAUGAUAAUAUUAUUAGCAGUAAUAAUGAUAAUAUUAAUAAUAAUAAUGAUAGUAACAAUAAUAAAAAUAACAGUAAUUAUAAUUAUAAUCAUAUUAUUAAUAGUAAAUUGGAAAACGCUUUAAAGGAUCAUGAUAUAAUAAUGGAGAAGUUGAAAGAAUACAGGACAAAUAGAAACAAUAUUGAUGUAGAUAAUUUUUCGAAUAAUUUAAUACUAAAUAAUGAAUUGAUUAUUGAUUAUUUUAAAGUAGACCCAGAAGAAAAAAUAAAUAAUGAAACUAUAGUUAUAAAUAAAAAAAUAUUCAAUAAAGUCAUUUUAGAUAAGAUAUAUGAAUUAAUAAAAAAGAAGAAAAGAAUUAAAAUAAAAAAUUUAUUAAGCUUAUUUAAAAUAGAUGAAUUUAGAUGUAAUUUUAUUCUUUAUGAAAUUUUAAAUGCCAUGAAUUCAUAUCUUAAUGAAAAGUUAAGUAGGUAUAAAUCAACAAAACUUGAAAAAAAUACAAAGAGGGAGAAUAUUAAAAAAAAAAAAAAUGAAAAUCUUAGUUUGUUUGAUGGCAAUUUCAUUUCAAAUAAUCGAGAUGAAAUGAAUAUUACAAAAAAUAUUUUAAAAAUCCAAUCAUUGAUAACAGAUAUUUUAUCAAAUGCAUUAAAUGGAAAAAUAAUUAAUGAAAAAAAUAGAAUUAAAAAAAAUCACAUAAAUUAUAAAAAGAAUGUAGAUUAUAAUUAUAAUAAAAAUAAUAAAAACAGAAAUGAUGAUAAUAAUAAUAAACUUAAUAAUUAUAAUAAUGCAUAUAAUAACAAUUAUAAUAGUAACAGUAACGAUAUGCUAUUAAAUAAAGAUAAUCAAAAUUUAUUAGCAUUAUAUAAUUAUUCAUCCCAUAAUAAUAAAAUUAAUAAAGACAUAAUGGGUGAAACAGCAUUUUGUGAUACUUACAAUGUAAAUAAUUUUAAAAAUAUAAAUGGUAUAAAUAGUUUAAACGUUAUUGAAAAUAUAAAUAACUUAAAAACUGUAAAUAAUAUAAAUAGUAUGAAGCAUAAAAGUACUUCAAACAGUGUUAAUGGCAUUGAUGAUAUAAAUAAUAUCAGAGCAUUUAAUAACACUGAUCCUAGUAUUAUUAAUUACUUCAGUGAAAGAAAAAAAAGUCUUGUACAUGUGAAUAAAGACAUGUGUGAAUUAUCUUAUAAUUUUAAUGAAACAAAUUUUAAAAAAAUUGAUUCAUCUAAUAAUAAUAUUGAUACUAAUAUAAACUCUAAGAUAAAUUUUAAUACUCAUAAUUAUAAUAAGUUAAGUAACUUAAAUGACUUAAAUAAAUCAAAUAAUAUGAAUAUUAAUAUGAAUAAUUUAAAUAAUAUAGCUGGAUAUAAUUCUAAUAAAAAUGAUAUUCAUAAUAUAAACAAUAUAAAUACGUUUAAUAAUAAUAAUGUGGAUAAUUUAAAUAAUUUUAAUGGUAAAAACUUAAACAGUGAUAUCAUCUUUAAUAAUGUAAAUAAUUUAGAUAAUGUAAACGUGUUAUAUAAAGCAAAUGGUACAAAUAAUAUAAACAAUAAUGAAUAUUUAAAUAGUUUAAAUAAUAUUGAAAAUAUGAAUAUUAUGGAAAAUGUAAAAAUAUUAAGUAGCAAUAAUGCUUUAAUAGAUUCAAGAAGCAUAGAAGGGCAAAGUAAAAUUCUUAACUUUAAUAAUAUGAUUAAUUUAAACAAUAUGAAUAAUGAAGAUAAUUUUAGUGGUAUGAAUAAUUUGAAAAAUAUAGACAACUUAUAUAACUUUAAUGAUAUGACAAAUUCAAACGAAAUAAAUAAUAUUAAUAAUUAUAAUAGUAUGAGGACUCUAAAUGAUAUAAGAAAUUUGAAUGGAACUAAUAGUUUAAAUGAUAUGAAUAAUAGAAAGAAUAUUAAAAAUUUUAAUGACAUAAAUAGCUUCAAAAAUUAUAUUCCUCAUAAUUCUAUAAAUAUAAAUGAACCAAAUUUUCAAAAUCCAUCAUACAUAACUAAUAAAAUGAGUUAUUUAACAAAUGAAAUAUAUUUAAACGAAGAUGUAAAUAAAUUAGAUUCAUAUAAACGUGGAAUAGAUUUAUAUAAAUGCAGUUAUUACUUUUAUAAUAAAAUGCUUGUCAACAAUAACCCAAAUAACAGUGAUAAUUUAAAUAUAAAUACCACUUCGACUGAUUACAACUUUUUGAAAAACAAGAAUAAUAAUUUUAUUAGGAAUAGGAAUAAAUUAUCUUUUAAUCAAAUAAAAAAUGAAGACAAUGAAAUGAAUGAAAAUUUAAUAAGUAAUAUAAGUAAUAAUAAUGAUUUUACAAUAAAUGAUGAAAAUUAUAGUUUAAAUAAUAGCUCAAACUUAGAAUAUAUAAAAAAGGAUGACAAUGACAGUACUUUUCAAAAUGUUAUAUUUCAGAAUACCUCUGAUAUAUAUCAGAUAAAUAACGAAAAUAAUUUUAGUAAAAACUACUAUAUAAAUAAAAUAGAUCAAAAUCAUUAUUCAAAUAAUGUAAAUAAUUUUAAUAAUUAUUACAAUACAUAUCAAAAUAAUAAUAAUAAAAACAUAAAUUACUCUAAAAAUUUAUUAAAAAGUAAUACAUUAAAUUAUGAUAAUAUUCAUUAUACUAGUAAUAAUAAAAAUGUAUUUUAUGCAAAUAAUUUACAUCAAAAUGAUGAAUUAAUGAGUAAUAUUAGCAAUCAUAACAAAAUAAAAUGUAAAACAAAUGUAUCGGGUUUAGAUGAUUUAAAUGAAAGAAAUGUUUUUUUUCAGGAUUUUGAUAAUACAAAUGGUAAUUCUAAUAAUAUAAACAAUAAUUCAUUUGGUGAAGUUAAUUUUAAAAUAAAUAUAAAUAAAAACAAUACAACAAAUCUAAUAGAUGAAAAUAAAUAUAAUAUGGCCAUAGAAAAUUAUGAUAAAGUAGUUCAUAAUGAUUUAGUUCUUUAUGAAAAUAAUAAUGAAAAAAAGAAUCAUUUAAAUUUGGAUAACGAAAAUAAAAAUAAAGAGAAUAAUUUUCCUUAUACAAAUUUAAAUAAAAUUGAAAACUAUCAAAACAUAGAUGUAUAUAAAAAUAAUUAUAGUUUAAAUCUCUCUGAAAAAAAUAUAAAUGAUGAAAUGUUAGAGAGAAGUAAAAAAAUAAAGAAGAGAAAGUUAUAUUUUGAUUAUAAGAAUAUAUUAAUAAAAAAAGAAAAUGACUUGAAUGAUAAUAACGUAAAAAAAAUAGAUAUAAAUAAUACUAAUAAUGAUAGAAAUAAAUGUGUAGAAAAGAUAAAAUUUGAAAAAAACAUUUUUAAUUGUGAUACAAAUAAAUUAAGUAUGAAUAAUAUGGUAAAAAAUGAGAAAAAAAAAAAAACAAAAGAAGAAAAAGAGAAAGAAAAAAAAAUGAGAGAAGAAAUGAAAAAAAAUAAGAAAAAGGAGAAGCAAAAAGAAAAAGAAAAGGAAAAAGAAAAGAAAAAUGAAAAAAAAAAAGAAAAAGAAAAAGAAAAGAGUAAAAAAAAGGAAAUAAAUAACAAAAAAAGGGAGAAACAAAAAGAAAAAGAAAAAAAAAGUACUUCUUCUAAUAACCAACUACACCCCCCCCUUAAAAAUAAUAGUUCUCUUGAAUUAUCUGAUAAUAAUAAUUUAAUUUGUAAAAACUUAUCUAAUGGUGAAAUUUCUCUUUAUGUCAAGAAAGAACAAAAGAAUAAUAUUCAUAACAAUAACGUAUCAGAUGAGUUAUCCUCACAUUCAUACUUUUUUGAAUCUAAUGAAAAUUCUCUUUUAAAUAAGGAUCAAACAAAUAUAGUUACAAAAAAUAUGAAAAUUAAUAAAUUAACUAACUUUUUAAAAAAUAAUAAAUUUAUAUUGAAGUCAAAAUUCAAGAGAAUUACUCCCCGUACAUACAUAUGUCUUAGUUGCAUUACAUUAUAUAAAAAUGAUUUUUCCUUUAAUUUUCUUAGUGAACUUGAAGAAUUUGAAAAAAUUUUAAAUGAAAAUAACAAUGGAAUUCAAGUAACAGAUACAAGAUAUAAAAGUGAUGUUAGAAACUCUAGUUUAGUUAAAAAAGAAAUUAAAAGAGAAGGAAAAAGGGUAUAUACGAAAAGAAAAAAAAGCAAUAAUAAUGAUAAUUUAAAUAAAAAUGGAAAUGAUAUAAAUAAAGAAAGGGAUAAUGAUAUUGUAGAUAAUACAAGAAAACAUGAGAACAAUAUAAAUAAGGAAAAUGAUAAUGAUGAUAUAAAUAAUGCAAAUAAAAUUGAAAAUAAUAUAAAUAAUGAAAUUAAAAAUAAGGAAAAUAAGGAUGAUAAUAUAAAUAAUGAAAUUAAAAAUAAUGAAAAUAAGGAUAAUAAUAUAAAUAAUGAAAUUAAAAAUAAUGAAAAUAAGGAUAAUAAUAUGAAUAAUGAAAUUAAAAAUGAUAAUAAUAUAAAUAAUGAAAUUAAAAAUGAUAAUAAUAUAAAUAAUGAAAUUAAAAAUGAUAAUAAUGUAAAUAAUGAAAUUAAAAAUAAUGAUAAUAAUGAAAACUGUAAUAGUAACAAUAUUUAUUAUGAAACUAAUGAGAAGUAUGAGAAAAUGGAAAAUAACCAUGUUGGGGAAAUAACAAAUAUUAAAAAUGAAAAAGAACAAAAAGAUAAAGAAUUAAGAAUUGUUAAUAAUUUAGGUGACAAGGAAAACAAUAAUUUAACGAAAAAUAAUGUUGAAAAUGGCAAUGACACUGUUAUAUAUAAUAAGGAAAAAAAAAUAUAUAAAAAAAAUUAUAAUAGAAUUAGUACACGUAAAAAUAAAAGCAAAUAUUUUCAGAUAAAUAACGAAAAAAGUAUAAAAUAUGAUAGAGAAUGUGUAUACUGGAUAAAUAAAAUAUCAUUAUAUAAUAAUAUAUAUUUUAAUCUUAACUAUUUAAAAGAAAACAUAAAAAAGCAUAAUGAUAUAAAUCAUUUUUUUAAAAAUAAAGUAAAUUUUUAUAAAUGUUCUAUUUGUUGUAUGCUUUUUAAAUGGAAUAUUGAAAAAAAUGAUAAUAUAAUAGAAGAAGAAAAUGAUAAUUUCAAUUCAUUAUGCAUAUGCAAUCUAUGUAGUGUACAAUAUGAUCAUAUUUUAAAGCUUUUAGUAUAUGAUGAAGGUUAUAUAAAUUUUAAUAAAAUUAACAAAGAAAGAAAUGAAAAAAGAAAAUUACAUGAACUCCUAUUCUUCAUAAUAAAAAUGAAUUAUAAUAAUAUGUAUAAAAGGAGCGUUUAUAAAGAAAUGUAUAAUGUAUUAGAUGAAAUAUUUAAGGGAAGUAAAGAAAAUAUAAAGCUUCUAUAUUUCUUGUUAUUUUAUAAUAAUUUUUUUAAAUAUGAAGAAUUUUAUUUUUUUUUUAUGAAUAGAAUAAAGAAAGAUACCUCUUUAAAGAAGAAUUUUUUUUUAAAAGAUAUUCAUAAACCUUGCUAUUUUACUAAUUUUUAUAUUAUGAAAUAUAUGCUGGAUUUAUUUUAUGUAAGGAUAUAUAAAAUUAGACGUAUGAACAAUAAAACAUUUACAUAUUUAUUCAAUAUAUAUAAUAUAUCAAGAAAAACUUUAUUCAUAUAUUUAAAUAAAUCAAAUAAUCAUUUUGAAGAACUUGUUAAUCAAUCUAUAUAUUUUUUGUAUCUGUAUUACUUAUAUAAAUUAUAUAAAAAUGGAAAGAAGGAUUAUACUAAAACAGGAAUAAAUAAAAAAUUCAAAAUACAAAAUAAAAACGAUAAAAAAAAAAAUAGGAAAAAAAAAGAAAAUAUCUUUUGUAGUAAUAUAUCCAAUAAAAUAGAAAAUAAUAAUUCUUUUGAAAACAUAAAGCAUAUUUUUAAUGAAAAAGAAUCAGAUGAUUUUAUAUUGGAUAAAUGCAAUGAAAAGAGAACUAUGAGUAAUCUUAAUAUUUUUAAAAAUAACAAAGAAAAGAAAAAUAAUUUGUAUAAAAAAGAAAAUAGUGGAGAAUCAAUCACUGAUUUAUGCAAUAAAGAAAUAUUAACCAAAAAAAAAAAUACUAAUAAUAAUUCAAAUAAUAUAAUAAAAAAAAGUCAUUAUAAAGAUGAAUUUCAAAAAAAUAUUAAGGAAUAUGUAAAAAAAGUGAAAUUUACAAUAAAAAAUAAAUUGACAUUAUAUGUAAAAAUUAUGCUGCAUAAAUAUAUUGAGGAAAGCUUAAAUUUUUUUAAAUAUCAAAACAUUGAAAAAAAUAAAAAAAAAAAUAGUAAAAUAUGUUUUUUAUGCAGUUUUGGUAAUUAUUUAUAUAAGGGAAGAUUAAUACCUUUUUAUAAUUUAUAUCUACAUAGUGAAUGUUUAAAAUGGAGUUUAAAUUGUAUACAAUAUUAUAAUUUUAAUAGCAAUAACUGUGAGUAUAAUUUGAUUAAGGGAAAUGAAAACAUUAAAAAGAAAAGAUUAUUUAAAAAGGAAAAUACAAAAAUUUAUGAAAAUAAAAAGAAUAAAAAUAAAUCAGUAGAUAACGAUUCUAAUUAUAAUAAGGAUGUAACAAAAAUUUUUAAUUAUAUGUAUCAUAAUAAUGAUUUAAAUAAUGAAAAUAAAAUAUGCAAAAAUUCAGAAAAUAUUAAUCAAAGCAAUUUAAAUUAUGUGAAUACUAUAAAUUGCAAUUCCUCAAAAGAAAAAAAAUAUAUAGAAAUGCUAAAUUUUAAUAAUAAUGUAAAAAGUAUAAAAUUAAUGGAUAAUUGUAAAUGGACUGAAAAUAAAAAUUUUUUUAAUUUAUAUGAAAAUAUGAUUGAAAUAGAAGAAGACGACGUAAAAGAAAUCAUUUAUGAUUCUAUUAAUUCUAUUUGCUUUUUAUGUGGCUAUAAAAAUGCAAGUAUAUAUUGUUGCAAUGAAAAUUGUAAUAUAAAAUUUCAUUUAAAUUGUGCCUUUUAUUCAACCGUUAUAAGAGAUUGUAAUAAAAAUAAUUUUUUUCAUUAUUUAAAGUGUUUUAACAUAAGUAAAUUUAAUAAUGACACUAUUUUUUAUAAUUUUAACAAUUCAUUAAGUAGCAAUAAGGAAGAUAAAAAGCAUUUUGAAAACCAGUAUAAAGAUAUUUUUCCUGUUCACAUAAUAUAUAAAAUAAAAAAGAUUUGGUGCAAUAAAUGCUGGAAUUUAAAAAAAGUAUACAGAACCUUUUAUAUAGAAAAAAAGAAUGUAUAUUUUAAUAAUAACGAUAACUAUGAAAACAUUAAAACCAAUAAAUAUAUAAAUAAUUCUAAUAAUUGUUCGAGUUAUAAUGAUACUGAGAUUAAAAUAGAAAAUAAUUUAAAUACAAAAGAUUGUAUAUAUAAUAUUGAUACAAACAAUAAUGACGAAAAGAAUAGUAUCAAUGAAAAAAAAAACUACAUUAAAAAACUAAAUAAUAAAAAUUUAAUUUUAAAUAAAAAAAUAAAAUGUGGAAAAACAAAUAAAAAUGAAUUAAUGAAUAAAAAUGAGGUAAACAAAAUAUAUCAUUUGAACAAAAAGGAAAUAUUUAAAUAUAUUAUUCAAUUUUAUUUUGAAAAUGAAUCUUAUUAUGUGUUUGAUCAAAUUUUAUAUAAUUUAAAUCAAUGCAUAAAAAUAAAAUAUAAAAAUAAAUCAUUAAAAUCGUUGCAAGAUAAUUUAAAUAAAGAAAAAAAAAUAGAAUCAAAAAUGCAAGAAAUUGAAAAAUUUAUAAACAAAUAUAUUAAUAUAAGUAAUGAUAGCAAUUUUAUUAAUAAUAGAUACCAGUUAUUAUGUAAACAAAAUAUUCUUAAUAAUUCACAUAAUGAAGAAACCAAGAAUAAUUUAAAUUAUAUAAAUAUAGAAAAUAUUAUUAAUAAUAAAAAUACUGAAAAUAUAUUAAAAUGCUAUUUUAUACUUAAAAACUUCUUAUUUAUUGGUAAAGACAUAAACCUAAGAAAUGAAGAAUAUUUCUUCAAAAAAAAAAAAAGUGAAAAUUAUGAGAAAAAUUUAUAUGAUAAUGAACAAUCAUAUAAUAUAUAUUUACCAAAUGUAUUAUGUGAAAAUGAAAUUAAUUCCAUUUCAAUUAAGAAGGAAUUAAAUUCAAAAGAAAAAGGAGAUAAAAGUAAUUAUAGAAAUUUAUUAUAUGAGGAAAAUGUAUUCAAUAAAGAAAAUGAAAAUAAUGAAAACUAUAACAAAAGUAAUUUUAUAACGUAUCUAGAUGAUACAGAAACAGAUAACGUGAAUUAUGAUAAUAAUACAAAUGAAAAAAACCUAGAAAAGAUGAAAGUAAAUAAUUCAAGUUAUGGAAAAAAAGGGAAUCAAAUGAAGAAUAUAAAUAUUUAUUUUGAAUUAACUGAUAAGAUUAAAAAAGUAAGAAUAACGAAAUUUCAAGAUGUUUGCAAAUAUGAGGAAAUAAUUAAAAAAAAUAAGAAGUAUGAGCAUUUUGAUGAGAGAAAUGAAGAAAAAAAAAGUAAUUUUAUCUCAAGUAUUAAUCUGAAUUCAGAAAAAAAUGAAAAUAUAUUAGAAAUCAAUAAUACAAAUGAUAUAAAAGAGAAAAAAGAACACUUUUUAAGUAUGAUUAUAAAUAAAUAUAAUGAUGUGUACAUAAAGAAAAUUAAUGAUAAAUAUUUUUCCAUAUAUAAAAAGAAUACAUAUAAUAAUAGUAAUAUGUGUAAAUCAAAAAUUAUUAAAAUUGGAUGUCAUAAUAUUUUAAGUAUUGGUGAAAUAUUAAAAUAUGAUGGAGAAAAAAUGGUAUACCCAUGUGGUUUUUUAAAUAUGAGAAUAUUUUUCAACCUACCUUCCUUUUAUUUAUUUUAUAUAUAUAAUAAUGUGAAUAUUAAUGAUUUAGUUAUAAAAAAAAAAGUAUUGGAAGAAAUAUUUUUACAAAUGCGAGCUACCUAUAUAUUUUCUAUUACAUUAAAAAAUAAUAAUUUCUUUUUUUCUAUUAUUUUAUUUCCUUUAAUAAGUAUAGAUUAUUUUUCUGAAGAAGAUGCUAAAAAAUUUAUUUUAGCAGAAGGUUAUGAUAUAAAUGAAGUGUAUAUAAAAUUUUUAUCUCUUUUUAAUUGUAACAAUGAUAAAUAUAUUACUGAUAAAUAUGUAGAAUAUAUCAUGAAGCAUAAACAUAUAUAUAAAUAUUUGCAAAAUUAUAUUUAUAAAUCGGUUGAAUAUAAUAAAUUAAUUGAUGUUCAUGACUUUUUUGGUUUAACAUUACCUUGUAUAACUUAUCAGAUAAAAUAUAAACUUUUCAAAUUUUUAUGGAAAAAUUUAAGUGAUAAAAUUAAAAGUUAUGUUAAACAAAAAAGGGAACGAGAAGAAAGUAAAAAAAAGAUAAAGAAUAAUAUGGGAGAAGUUAUUUAUAAUGAUAAUUUAUUAUGUAAAUAUUCAAAUUUUGAGGCAUCAAUUUUUAAGGAAAAUGAGAAGGAAAAUGAAAAAAACAUGAGAAAAACAGUAAAAUAUAAGUAUAACAUUAACAGUGCAAUGUCCUAUCGAUAUUUAAUGAAUAUUUCGUCAAAUUCAAGAUUAUAUGUAAAAAAAAGCAAUAUACAUGGAUAUGGAUUAUAUACAUGUGAAUUUAUUAAUGAAGGAGAGCCGGUUAUUGAAUAUAUUGGUGAAUACAUAAGAAAUAUAAUAAGUGAUAAAAGAGAAAAAUAUUAUGAUAAAAUUGAAAGUAGUUGUUAUAUGUUUAGAUUAAAUGAAAAUAUAAUUAUUGAUGCUACUAAAUGGGGAAAUGUCAGUAGAUUUAUUAACCACAGCUGUGAGCCAAACUGCUUUUGUAAAAUUGUAACUUGUGACCAAAAUUUAAAACAUAUUGUUAUAUUUGCAAAAAGAGAUAUUGUUGCUCAUGAAGAAAUAACAUAUGACUAUCAAUUUGGUAUUGAAUCAGAGGGAAAAAAACUGAUUUGUUUAUGUGGUUCAAGUACAUGUUUGGGAAGAAUGAAUUAA